GCUCCCAGGCCGGUGCCAGGCAGGUGGCUGUGGCGGCCCAGCCCCAGCAUGAGCUCCUUCGACCUGCCGGCGCCCUCCCCGCCUCGCUGCAGCCCCCAAUUCCCCAGCAUCGGCCAGGAGCCCCCCGAGAUGAACCUUUACUAUGAGAACUUCUUCCACCCGCAGGGCGUGCCCAGCCCCCAGCGGGCCCCCUCCUUCGAGGGGGGCAGCGAGUACGGGGCCACCCCCAACCCCUACCUCUGGCUCAACGGGCCCGCCGUGACCCCGCCGCCCUACCUGCCCGGCGCCAAUGCCAGCCCCUUCCUGCCGCAGGCCUACGGCGUGCAGAGGCAGCUGCUGCCCAGCGUGGCAGGGCUGGGGGGCGGCGAGCUGGGCUGGCUGCCCAUCCCCUCGCAGGAGGAGCUGAUGAAGCUCGUGCGGCCCCCGUACUCCUACUCGGCUCUCAUAGCCAUGGCCAUCCACGGGGCGCCCGACAAGCGCCUCACCCUCAGCCAGAUCUACCAGUACGUGGCCGACAACUUCCCCUUCUACAACAAGAGCAAGGCCGGCUGGCAGAACUCCAUCCGCCACAACCUGUCGCUCAACGACUGCUUCAAGAAGGUGCCCCGCGACGAGGACGACCCGGGCAAGGGGAACUACUGGACCCUGGACCCCAACUGUGAGAAGAUGUUCGACAAUGGAAAUUUCCGCAGGAAGAGGAAGAGGAAAUCGGACGUUUCCUCCAGCUCAGGCUCCUUGGCCCCAGAGAAGGCAGAGAACAGUCUCCUGGUGGGCAGCCCCAAGAGCGUGGAGCCUCAGGACAUGUUGGACGGCGCCUCGCCGGGCACCACCAGCCCCUCGGAGAAGCGGUCGCCCCCUCCGCCCACGGGUGCCCCGUGCCUCAGCAGCUUCCUCUCCACCAUGACAGCCUACGCCAGCGGGGCCAGCCCCAUGGGCCGGCCCGUGGCCACACCGGGACUCAGCCCUGAGCCCACCGACAAGAUGGGCCAGAACUCGCUGAGCUUCAACUCCUUCACCCCGCUCACCAACCUCAGCAGCCACGGGGGCGGGGGCGAGUGGGCCAGCCCCAUGCCUGCCAACACGCUCAGCUACGGAGGCUCCGUCCUCAACCAGUUCAGCCCUCACUUCUACAACGGCAUCAACACCGGCAGCGUCCUCUACCCCAGGGAGGGCACUGAGGUCUAGGUGCAGAGCAGCUGCUAAGCCAGUGCAUGUGCCCAAGAGAAAAGGAGUGGAGGUCCCGUGCCAGCCCCCUGUGGUCCAAGACCUCCAAACUGCCCAGACAUAACACAGGAGUCUCAGAGGAACCCAUCCUCUUUCUAGAACAUCGUUUAAACCUUCUGUUUAUCACACAUACAUCUACACACGCAGACUCACCAGCUCUGCCGUGGAAAUACUGGUGUCUGGCUGGCAGCAAGAAUAUGGCUGUGUAAUGAGUGGGCACUUACUAUGUGCCAGGUGCUGUACUAGGCUCUUCAAAGGCAUGGUCACACUUACAAUCUACAGCCACCCUGUGAGGGUCACAUGAACCUCCCCAGUUAAUAGGUGAGGAAACCGAGGCUCAAGGAUGUUAAGUAACUUUUCCAGGGUCAUACAAACUAGUGAAUGGCAGACAUAGGUGUCAAAUCCAGGUCUAUGUGGCCCCCCAAAGAUGGGGCCAAAGGAGGCAGAUAUGGAGGAAUUUGUUGAGCAGCUAAGAAAGGUCAGCGUGGAAAACUCAUAAUGGUCAAUAUAUCAAAAUCUCCCCAAAAUGCAGCCCCAGCCAGGCACAUCUUGGCCUGGUCCAAGUCCUUACUCUUUCUGCUCCAACUUCCCUGCAGAUACUCCUUUUGCUCCCACUCCUGGAGGGAAGCCACCAGAGGGCUUAAUUCAGGACAUUGCAUCUAGUAUGUGCCCUGUGUCCCCGUGGAGGGACACCGUUGCUUCCUCAGCCCCCAGAAACCUUGAGAAGAGCCAGGGGUCAGUGAGAGGAGUGGUGUGUACCCCUAACCGCCCACCCAGCACCGCCCAUCUGUACAAUCUUGUAAAACCCAGUUGCCUGUGUGCACGUCAUGGACCAGUGAGCUAGAGGUGGCUGAGCCUUCCAAGAGAAGCCAGGCUGGGUAAGUGCAUCCUAUUCCGUAGACUCGGAGAGGAGCAUGUUUGUCUGUGAAAACAGUGGCCUCAUGAGAGGGCCCUGGGCCAGCCCUCCUCGUAGGGGGUCUCUGGGUGCAGCUCCCGGGACUCCUUUUCCUUCUUGGUUUUGUAUGUACUUUAUAUGCCUGUGACAUUUCAUCACAGCGCACCCUGGGAAGUGUUGUUUUUCUUAUGUUCUUUUUAAUUAAAAAACAAAAAACACUUCGCACAGAAGCGUGUGGCCCUUCCUUGUGAAU